UUAUAGCAAUGAUUUUUGCUGCACGGAUUAUCAUCGCUAUGCAGGCACCACUGUUUUAUGAAGCUGAUUAGCUCAAUCGUAGCCAUGCCAGAAUUCAGAAAGUGUCUGAGAUCAGGUAGACUCUAUGAGUAUAUCUGUUAACUGGUCAGCCUAGCUCAGUUUCUACACUAACGGAUCUAGUUUCAAAUAGCCAGAGAAUCUUGAGGCAUGCAAAGGACACACCCAGCUAUGGCUCAUCUGGUGAUACAGCAGAGUGAAGGAAAGGGAAUAAAUAAAGUGUGGAGGAGGGGAUGGACAAUGACUUGCUGAUAUUCUAAAAGUCUGUACUGCAGUAAAUAUCUUGCAGCAGGAAUUAGGGCUGGCAGAAUGCAUAUCAUGACUUUUACAAAAAGAAACUCCUUGCCCUGUUGCACUAGAGAGAUGUUUGGGGGGGGAGCAGGAAACACCCCCCUGCACUCUAACCCCACAAUACAGAUGUAAAAUCUCAUCUUUGAAGAUAACUUGUUCCAGAUCUAAAUCCCCCAACACUAUAGAGUACAGCAAAGGAAGUUGUUUAUAUCCGUCUCCUCACUCUGAGACCUACCCAGUGGCAAGUCUAAGGUGGAACCCUCAACCACGAUGCUAAGCUUCAAAUUUAAUGAAGCUAUUUUGGGGAAGUGGCUGAAACAGAGUGUGUGUGCGUGGGGGUGGUAUCUGUAAUCCAUUGGUCUCUAUUUAAUCACCCAAUAAGUUAAAGUUAACUCCUCAAAAUACCAGCAACAUUCUUACUUUUUCCAAUGGAUUUUUUGGAGAAAAAUUUUGAAAGGUAAGAAGUAUGAGACAAUGAACACCACACAUAUAAGACAAUGAACACUAAUAAGUCUCUGAGAGCUGCAGUGCCUUACAUAACAAUUUUGUUUUUUAAAAAAAUAACUUUCCAAGCUCUGGUCCUUUCUAAUGAGGCAGAUGGUCUCACAUGCCUGGCACAAGGAGUAGCAAGGCAACUCAGGCAAUCCUGAAUUGAGUGAGGGAGGCAGACUAUGCUACUGUCAGGAGGCAAGAAAGGCUGUUGUUCUCUAAAUGUGCACAGGACCUUGGGUCACACAAGUGUGGCCCCAUGCAGAAGGCAAUUCUAGAAAUCUUUUAUAUUAUGGUAGUUAACUGUCAAAAGAAGUGUAAACAUGGAAUUUGAAAACCUCAGAAAGCCAAAAUGUUUGACAUUUGCUUUAAAAGAAUCAAGUGGUUUUUGAAAAGGCUAUUAUUUUUACACUUAACUAUUUAGUCACUUUCUAUCGGUAAGAACAUUUUAGAAAAAUAAGAACACCAUGCUUCAGAGUUAUUAUUGGGCUGCCACAUGUUCUUUUUGGGCCACCAGGUGCCCUCUCCAGAAUACAACUAAUCUCUCGAUUGCUUGUCACCCAUUAAGUCUUAUGAGAGGACAAGCAGCUCACCAGAGAAACAAGUUCAGCAGUUGUUUUGACUCUUGUAUUGUUUGAACUGUUGCCAGCUGCUUACAAUAGGAAGAUUCAGAUUUUCUUUUUCUCCAGUUGGUCGUGUUAAAUAUCAUCUUCUUAAUGAUGCAAGCCACAUGGGCAGAAUAGAAAUAUUUUAAAUAAAUCAUAAAUGAGAAGACCUUUAUGUUGUGUUCUGCCAUGCCAUACAAAAUAAAUAAUACCUUUGUAACAUCAAGAAUUCGUGCCUUGGGUAUCCUUGCAUUUUUCUUUGCCUUACCUUUAGCACUAUGUCUUAUUUAUUAUCUUGUGCAGAACGGCUGUUUUUAUUGAUCUGUAAACUGCACUAGGACUCUUUCUGGCUGAACAACAAAACCUGAGGGCUUCAAAUUAGUUUCCUGCGGACUGCAGAAGAUAUUCAACAGGGAGAGAAUUUCCCACUCCUGCUGCUAACAAAACUCCGUAAAUCAGCAUAGACAGACACCCUGCUUGCCUAGCACUUUAACCAGCCCCAUCCCAAACCUGGCUCAGAAAAUUUUUUCGAGAUUUAACGGGAAAACCAACGUGCACAGAAAAGAAAAUUUAAGAAGGCGGCAGAGGAGACAAUGGAGCGCAACCUUCUGACGACCUAGCAAACAAAAGGCACGCUUUGACUCCACCCACCCUUUGUGGAGAAAGACCGACCUUCCUCCACACCUUUCUCAACGCUUCCCUUCAACCCAAAAGUUCCUGAAAAAAGGCGAGCACGUGGCCUUGUUUUAUAAUUCCCCGCCACGCCCCCUUUCCUUUCUCGAGCUCCUCGGGGCGGCCCGUCCGGCCAAUCAAAAGUAAGACUGCGUGAAAAGUCAGAUGACGCGUCGUUUUAUGUAAGCCCGUGGCGUUGCUUGGGAAUGUCUCGCGGCGCCAAGGUGGGGGUGGUGGGGAGGGGGGCGAUUUAGGGGAGAUGCGACCUGCUAGAUCUGACGGUUACCUGUCGGAGGAGGUAGCGGGCUUUAGAUAAGGAGGAGAAAAGAAGAGGAGGGGGCGAGUGGGCGGAGCCACACACCAGCGCGUGGAAGAGCGAAUAACGACAGAAGAAAAGCGGCCCUCUGUCGCCCUCCACGCGCACGCGCGCCUAGGUCAACCGCCUGCUGGCUGUGGCCAUUCUGUUCCAGCGACAACACUAGAGCGGCGGCGGCGGCGGCAGCAGUUGUCGGAGUCGCGUGCCACACCCCCCUCGGUUCCGGACGGCGCGCGGACGAAGAGGAGGAGGAGGGGGGUGAAAUGGCGUCUCCGUCAGGGGCUGUGAGCGUCGAGCCGGGGGGCAGCGCCAGCGGCGGCGGCCAGUCGGAACAGGAGCGGCUGCUGAGGCAAGGGGAGCUGCUGGCGCUGGGCAACCACCUGAAAGAAGCGCUGGAGGCUUACUCGGCUGCGCUGCGUCUCGGCCCGCCGCCUCCCUCGAGCUCCCGCCGCCGCUUGGGCACCCUGGUGGACUGCCUGGUCCUCCACUACCGCCUCCGGCAGAGGGGCCAGAAAGUCACGGCGGCGGCUGGCCAUACACCGGGGAAGGAGGAGAAGGAGGACGACGAAGACGACGACGACGAAGAGGAGCCGUAUCCUGGCGGCCGGGAAGGAAAAAGCCCGCCGGCGGGGCUCUUCAUCUGCUUGGGCUGCCGAGGCUUUUUGGGCGAGCCGGGGACGGCGCCGUGCGGACACACUUACUGCCGCCGAUGCCUGCGGGAGGGGCUCCGCGCCCGUUGCCGGCGCUGCGGGGACCCGCUCGAAGCGGCGCCCGUCACGGUCGCCCUCGCCCACUUGGCGGAGAAAUGGUUCCCGGCGGAGUGCGAGAGGGUGCGGACCUGGCGCCGCCUCGCCGAGCUGCUGGGGCAAGGGCGACUCCGCGAGGCUCAGGAAGCCGCCAGCCAGGCCCUCGUCGAGGAUCCCUGUGACAUGAUGUUACGAAUUUAUAGAGCUGAAUCUUUUGCCGGACUCCAAGAAUUUAAACUGGCCCUUGAAGACCUAAAUGCUGUUAUUGCUAAAAUGCCAAAUUGGCCUGAGGCCUACUACAGAAAAGCAAAAAUAUUCCAUAAUGCUGGUUCUGUAGAUGAUGCCUUGCAGCUUUUUCUUCACUGCCUAGCAAUUGAUGAAUCAUUUCUUCCAGCAAAGCUGGAAGUGGAGAAGAUGCUGUGUGAUUUACUAUCACCAGAAAAUGUAAGAGAGAGCCUAAAGGAAUCUGCUUUGAGUUCUUCGCAUGUUCGAAAUAAACCAUUUAUACAUGAUUCUGAGUCGGAAAGGGAAGACUCUUCUGGUAACUUACAGCUCACUUCAGAGUCAGGUUUGGAAACACCACAGGUUACAUCAGCGCCUCUUGGAGGAAACUUGCAUCGUGCACAAUCUGCCCAUUCCCUUAACUCAACAGGAAAAAUUGCCAAAGAUGAUGGAUUAAAAAGGGUUUCUUCUGAACCUUUGCUUUCUAGCCAAGAGAAAGGUGCUUUAUUAAAAAGGAAACUGUCUCUGUCAGAACAAGAUGUGACUGUUUCUGAAGAUGGAAAGAAUAAACAUAAAAAACAAGGAGAAACUACAAAAAGGGAUGCUGUGUUUUCAUUCAGUUAUGGAGCAGUUCCAGAGGAGUUGGUUGAUGCCUCAGACUUUGAGUGCUCACUGUGUAUGAGACUUUUCUUUCAUCCUGUGACAACACCUUGUGGGCAUACAUUUUGUAGGAACUGUUUAGAACGUUGCUUAGACCAUGUUCCUCAGUGUCCUCUGUGUAAAGAAAGCCUGAAAGAGUAUCUGGCAAGUAGAAAAUACAGCAUCACACAGUUACUAGAGGAACUAAUAGUGAAGUAUUUGCCUACUGAAUUGUCUGACAGAAAAAGAAUUUAUGAUGAAGAAACAGCUGAACACUCAAGUUUGACCAAGAAUGUUCCAAUCUUUGUUUGUACUAUGGCCUACCCAACUGUGCCUUGUCCUCUCCAUGUAUUUGAACCAAGAUAUCGACUGAUGAUUCGAAGAAGUAUAGAAACAGGGACAAAACAAUUUGGGAUGUGUAUAAGUGACCCCCAAAAUGGCUUUACAGAUUAUGGCUGUAUGUUGUACAUUAGAAAUCUUGAUUAUUUACCAGAUGGGCGAUCUGUUGUAGACACAGUUGGAUUAAAGAGAUUCAGAGUACUUCAGAGAGGGAUGAAAGAUGGAUAUUUUACUGCAGACAUUGAGUAUUUAGAAGAUAUACAGGUUGAAGAUGAAGGUGAGAUGAAGAAGCUUAGAGAGCUCCAUGAUUUUGUAUACAGCCAAGCCUGCAGCUGGUUUCAAAGCUUAAGAAACAAAUUUCGCAGCCAAAUACUUCAGCAUUUUGGUCCAAUGCCACAGAGGGAGGAAAAUAUACAGGAAACUGCUAAUGGACCUGCUUGGUGUUGGUGGCUUCUAGCUGUUCUUCCUGUGGAUCCUCGAUACCAGCUCACAGUGCUGUCCAUGAGGUCUUUGAAAGAACGCCUGAUAAAAAUUCAAGACAUACUAACAUAUUUCUCUAGAGAUCAGUCGAAAUGACUAAUUGCCUGGACCUUACUGAAGCAUUACCCUAUUUUAUCUAUAACUACAGCUGGGGUUUUUGCAGCAUUUGCACUUUUAGCACUGGUUUGAGAAUUAUCAGAACCGCUUUCCCUCUUUCUCCUGUAUCAAUAGUUUUUCACAUGGAUCCCUUCAUCUUGAAGGAUACCACUAUAAUUGCACACAAAGAUCAAUCCAGCAUCAAGACACGUGGAAAAGUUCUACUGUAUUUGCACUAUAUAUGAAUGAGAAUGUAUCAUCUUAAUAUUUGAGCAUUUCCAGUAACUGCUUAGGAAUGCUGGAAACUGUAGGAUUUAAAACUGUCAGCCUUAAGUUUACAAUAUUAAGGAUGCAUUCAAAAGCUUGCAAAUAAGAAUUUGCCUCAAAUGCAACCCUGUUGCUAUUUGCACAAAUAUUUAAAAAUGUAGUAUUGGAUGUUGCUGUAGCAAACUUGUUUUGUGAAUGUCUUAACUAUAUAUAUAUGGCACAAGGUACUUCCUCGCAUACUUCAUAAUAAAAAUGAUUGUAUGAACUUGGA